GAGCAUGCGCAGUUAGGUUUACCAUACUUGGUUGUCAUGUUGGAAAGCGCAAUCCAAUCCGUUUUUAUGUUUCACAUUACAGAAUUGUGAAUCCGAUAAUCAGAAGAUGGCGACAGCUGAGUCGGAAUCAAGUUUGAAUCCCCCUAAUUCUGAGGCGAAAAAAAGUGAAACUGGUCAAGAAGUUGUAAAUCCUGAAGAUUACAUCAAACAUCCACUACAAAAUAGAUGGGCUCUGUGGUUCUUUAAGAAUGACAAAACGAAAACCUGGCAAGCAAACCUCCGUCUCAUCUCCAAGUUUGACACAGUGGAAGACUUCUGGGCUCUGUAUAAUCACAUCCAACUAUCAAGUAACUUGAUCUCCGGCUGUGACUACUCACUUUUCAAGGAUGGUAUUGAGCCCAUGUGGGAGGACGAGAGGAACAAGCGUGGUGGCAGGUGGCUCAUCACACUUUCCAAACAGCAACGCAGGGCCGACCUCGACCGCUUCUGGCUGGAAACGCUCCUGUGCCUAGUGGGCGAAGCCUUCGAUGACCACAGUGAUGAUGUAUGCGGGGCAGUAGUUAACAUCCGAACGAAAGGAGACAAACUUGCGAUAUGGACAACAGACUACGAAAACAAGGAUGCUAUUACACACAUAGGACAAGGGUGGAAGGAGAGGUUAGGCGUGCCACACAAGGUGAUCAUCGGAUAUCAAUCACACGCGGACACUGCCACCAAGAGUGGUUCCACCACCAAGAACAAGUUUGUUGUCUAAGGAGUUUUUUUUUGGUUGGUUGUUUUUCCUUUCCGUUUCCAUGGCGUUUGUUGAAAUGCUGUUGCGAAGUUUAAUCUGCUACCCAAUUGAAACCAAAGCUUCAACACAGACAAUUACCUUUAUUCAAUCAAUUGCAAUUUUAUUUCACGACAAAAUGGUCUCAUUCAUAUUUGCCCUGAAACAAACCUAUACCUUCGAUGAAGGGUGGGAAUAACCAUGAGAAUUGAAAUACCCCCAAAAAGUUAUCCAUGUUCUUUUUUUUUAUGCGCCAUUUCCCUUUUCUUACUGAGGACAUACUAAGAGGCUUUUUGUUGAUAUAUUUUAUGUUUAACAGCAUCACACUCGUAGCUGCCAGGGAUUUGUCUGCGUAAGUGUGUUUUCGGGACGCCUAAUUCCAAACUGUAAAAAAAAAUAUAUAUAACAAAUAUAUAUAUAUAUAUAUAUAUUAGUACCAGUCAAAAGUUUGGACACCUACUCAUUCAAGGGUUUUUCUAUAUUUGUACUAUUUUCUACAUUGUAAAAUAAUAGUGUAGAUAUCAACUAUAAAAUAACACAUAUGGAAUCAUGUAGUAACCAAAAAAGUGUUAAACAAAUCAAAAUAUAUUUUAUAUUUAAGAUUCUUCAAAGUAGCCACCCUUUGCCUUGAUGACAGCUUUGCAUACCCUUGGCAUUCUCUCAAUGCAUUCUUUGGAAUGCUUUUUUUCAUCUGGAAUGCAGUCUUGAAGGAGUUCCCACAAAUGCCGAGCACUAUAAUGCAUUUUCGGAAUGUAAAAUUGCUUUCAGUGUAAACUUAAACAGCAAGAAAACAAAUAAGGAUGUAGAAAAUAUAAAAUAUGUUUUUUAUUUAUUUAAUAUAAUCUAUCAGUCAUCAAAAUAAUUGCUGAACAGUCAGGAGAAUAAUAAAACAUUCCCAACUCAUCCCAAACCAUCUCAAUUGGGUUGAGGUCAGGUGAUUGUGGAAGCCAGAUCAUCUGAUGCAGCACUCCAUCACUCUCCUUGGUCAAAUAGCCCUUACACAGCCUGGAGGUGUGUUGGGUCAUUGUCCUGUUGAAAAACAAAUGAUAGUCCCACUAAGCGCAAACCAGAUAGGAUGGCGUAUUGCUGCAGAAUGUUGUCGUAGCCCUGCUGGUUAAGCGUGCCUUGAAUUCUUAAUAAAUCACUGACUGUCACCAGCAAAGCACUGUCACACCACCACGUCCAUGCUUCACGGUGGGAACCACACAGGCAAAGAUAAUCUGUUCACCUACACUCUGUCUCACAAAGACACAGCGGUUGGAUAAAAAAAUCUCAAAUUUGGACUCAUCAGACGAAAGGACAGAUUUCCACCGGUCUAAUGUCCAUUGCUUGUGUUUCUUGGCCCAAGCAAGUCUGUUCUUCUGUUUGGCGAAGGCCUGAUUCACACAGUCUCCUCUUAACAGUUGAUGUUGAGAUGUGUCUGUUACUUGAACUCUGUGAAGCAUUUAUUUGGGCAGCAAUUUCUGAGGCUGUUAACUAAGGAACUUAUCCUCUGCAGCAGAGGUAACUCUGGGUUUCCUUUCCUGUGGCGGUCCUCAUGAGAGCCAGUUUAAUCAUAGUGCUUGAUGGUUUUUGCGACUGCACUUGAAGACACUUUCAAACUUCUUGAUAUUUUCCGGAUUGACUGACCGUCUUAAAGUAAUGAUGGACUGUCAUUUGGGGCGGCAGCGUAGCCUAGUGGUUAGAGUGUUGGACUAGUAACCGGAAGGUUGCAAGUUCAAACCCCCGAGCUGACAAGGUACAAAUCUGUCGUUCUGCCCCUGAACAGGCAGUUAACCCACUGUUCCUAGGCCGUCAUUGAAAAUAAGAAUUUGUUCUUAACUGACUUGCCUAGUAAAAUAAAGGUCAAAUAAAUAAAAAAAUGAAAUUUCUCUUUGCUUAUUUGAGCUUUUCUUGCCAUAAUAUGGACUUGGUCUUUUACCAAAUAGCCCUAUCGUCUGUAUACCACCCUUGACACAACACAACUGAUUGGCUCAAAUGCAUUAAGGAGGAAAGAAAUUCUACAAAUGAACUUUAACAAAGGACACCAGUUAAUUGAAAUGCAUUCCAGGUAACUACAUCAUGAAGCUGGUUGAGAGAAUGCCAUGAGUGUGCAAAGCUGUCAUCAAGGCAAAGGUUGGCUACUUUGAAGAAUCUCAAAUGUAAAUGUUAUUUUUUGGGUUAUUACAUGAUUCCAUAUGUUAUUUCAUAGUUUUGAUGUCUUCACUAUUAUUCUACAAUGUAGAAAAUUGUAGAAAUACAGAACCCCUGGAAUGAGUAGGUGUGUCCAAACUUUAGACUGGUAGUGUAUGUGUAAAAUGUAGAGAGAGAUCUACAUUUUCGGAAUAUAAACUUAAGUCGCAAUAUAAUCUUUGAGAACUAACAAUUAUCAAAAUAAACACUGAACAGUCAGGGGAAUUUAAAAUUCCCAAAACAAUUUAUCAGUAUUUAAGUUUGAGCAGAAUAAGACAGUAUUAGCCAUGGCAAAAUGCAUAGAAUUGCAGUUUGUUCUUUAACUGCUAAAUGUUCUCGGGUCCAUGGCAAAAUGUUUAGAAUUGGAAGAAAUUAACUUUAAAACUGCAAAAAUGUAAACCAAAAAACAUCAAUAUUGGGGGCCUAAAAUUGGUUUACUAAAUUCAGCAGCACUGACCACGCCCCCUUUCCAAGCCCACCACCUAAGCUCCUUUUUGAUCCCAAAAAAGCGCAGCCAGGGUUAUCUUUUUGCCAAAUGUAGUUUUACCAGAUCUAAAGAAGUGCUGUAGUUUCCUCCAUUGAAUCUCAGUUCAUUAUUUUCAAUUGGUUUAGCCUUAAAGUGGUGAAAGUUGACCGAUACUAUAGUUUUGCUUUCAGUAAAAUGUUCACAAAUUUUGGUAUUGCAGAUCUAUUUAGUGUUAUUUUUAUUUCUCUCACAAUAUUGUAUUCUUCAUGUAAACCUGUAUUGUUUUUUAAAAACAUUUUCUAAGCGCAUCAAGAUGCUUUAAUAAAGUGUAUGUUAAACUGUACUUGUAUUCAUUGGAGGUGUAUUAGGUGUAACUGAAUGCCUUGCUUUGGCACCUUGUCCUGCUCCUAUGAACAUGGUACAAAAGAUGACUGUAAAUAAAUGUAACGUAUGUUGUCUUGAAGCUGGAAAUUGAGAGAUCAUUCUGUUUAAAUGGAUGUUGAUUCCUGUAAUCUUGUUGAAAACAACUGUUUCAGAGAAGCUUUCUUCAUCUGUAUCAAGUCCCACCAGACUCAUUCACAGUGCAAUUGCAUGCCUAAAAAGGUGAUAAAGGUAUUUGAUUUAUUUUCCAUGAGCCAUUCAAAAGAGCACAUCAAGAUAAAGCUCUUAAUGAUGCACUCCAGGAUCUUAAGCACAAAAAAAUGUUUAACAUGUCAUUUGAAUUCGAAUCGUAACAAAUCACCCAAAUAUAUAUUUUUUGCAGGGUGUAAUAUAAGAUCUGGAUGACUUGGUGCCUAAUUUGACAUACUACACAAAAAACAGGGACCACAUUUAGCUCCUCAGCACCACUUUCAAAACUACUGUCUGGCUGAAUUUAUACUGAAGUUUCAGAGUGCGUUGUUCAUUCUCAUUUUCAUGCAAAUAUUCUAAAAUCCGCAAAAGGAAAAUGUGGAUUUUCCCACCAGUGGUGUUUCUACAAAACAGACUUGCUGUGGAUAAAAGUCCGUGCGUGAUGAUGUAGUGCACACAAAAUGUACUCUUUUGCUUAAGUUUUCAUUUACCAAAUAAAAAUCUGCUGCUCCUU